AUGCGUGUUCUGUGUUUGUUGCUCACUUUCCUGGCUGUUGGCGGACAGUCGGAGGAGGUGUACGAUCAAUCUUCCAUCUAUUAUACCGAGCCGACUUUUAUUAACGUGAGUAACAGCAAUGGCGGCCUGUCGGAGUUGCACGGUGGUCGCAUUGUUCGCGGCCAGAGAUUAUUGGAAAGAUCGAAGAGCCCUUAUCUGGUGCGAGAGGAUUUGUUCGUGGAACGCGAGGGCGAGCUGGUGAUUGAGCCAGGGGUGGAGAUCCGGUUUGGACCCAUGGUCGGAAUCACGGUUCGUGGUAUCAUAACUGCAAAGGGUGAACCACAUGCUCCAAUCUUGUUAACCGCAGUGGAAGCGAAUAAUCAAGUUCACCCCGUUGAAUCGCCACUUUCGAUACGACUUGUCGAUGGACCAACUCCGUUCGAAGGUAGAUUAGAACUUUUGCAUCGUGGAGAUUGGAGAGCUGUCUGCACGAAUUCGCGCAAUUGGACAAGGGCUGAUCUAGAAACAGCAUGCAGAGAACUCGGUUUCCAAGGCGGACGAUGGUUGUCGUGGAUGGAUAGACAAUGGCCUGCAAAGCCACGACUGCUGUACGAGCAGCCAGGUUGCAGAGGCACGGAAAACUCGUUAACAAAUUGCGAGAAAUGGUCCGAAAGACAGCUUGGCAGUGGUGUUUGUGAUUAUCAUCCUGAUCUUGGAAUAUCGUGUCUACCGCGUCACGAUGGAGCCACGAAGGCGAUCAAACAUUGGAGAGGCAUUCGUUUCGAAGAAGCGUUGUAUGAUCGACCACUAAUCCAAGAAAAUACGCUUUACAUACGAAGAUCGAAGUCGAUUCUACGAAAUGUUGUGAUCGAGCAUGCAGGAACAGGCCGGGAAUAUAAUGUUACGGCAGCGAUCGAUAUCGAGGGUGUUCCACCGCAAAUGGAAUCGAUUUCGGUUCUCCAUGGCGCCUUUACCGGCAUUAAUGUCACCACGCCGGAUGCUCCAGUCAUAAUCAAUAACAGCACCAUUCAAAACAACAGGGGAUAUGGAAUUUAUGUGAACAGUUCGUCAGGUAUGUCGCACAUUAACGAUUGUAAUAUAUUAGAUAACGGAGCUGAUGGAAUUAAGUACGUUCAUUUCGACGAACGGCCCGAUGACAAAUUAGAUCGUACAGAGGUGUUCGAUUUGUGCACGUUUCCAACCACAGCCAGUCAAACUUUCCCUGUUAUAAUAUCCAUGGAACAGAGUAAAUACGCUCCUAACAUAAAAAGUUGCCCACAAGACAUCUUUACAAGACCUGGUCACGUGUUGACCAUGCAGGUUUUGAAAAUGAAGACUGACAGAAAUAACAGUGCUAUGAUAGAAGUAUACGAUGGCAAAGGUGAAGCGAAAAGAUUACUAGCCAGUUUGAGAGUUAAAAAUGGUACGCUGCCUCAGAGCGUCACUACAACUCGGCAAAAUUUGUUUAUAAAGUUCAUCGCUGAACCACGUACGAAUACGAUCGUUUUCGUGCGACUGUCUUCCGGUUAUAAGAAAAUAUACGAUUUAAACGUGACUGGAAGUGUUAUAGCUGGUAAUAAUGGAAGAGGAAUCGCAGUGGAGAAGCUACGAUCAGCCUUGCACGUUCAUGAAACUUCUGUAUCCAGUAAUAAACAUUUAGCUGGUGUGCAUGUGUUGGGAGGCGCUGCGGAUGUGAAUAUUACGAGUAGUCGCAUAUCUUUUAAUACGGGAGACGGCGUGAACAUUACCCUCACAGGAGGAAAUCGCAAUGUGUCUCGGACGAGUAUUUCCUCCAAUCAGGGUUAUGGUUUUGCAGUCUGGUUAAACGACAGCACGGCUACCGAAUACAUAUACUUCAAUCAGACUACCGUAGUUGAAUACUCGCAGAUAUUUCGGAACAAAGAUAUCGGUAUUCUAGUAGGCAAUGCAACUGGCAAUUCGUACGUGAACGUAACGGGUAAUUGGUUCAAUAGUAGUACUGAGACUGCUGUGCAAGUAGAAUCCAGCUGGAGACACGACAAAGGACUAUUAAAGCUUCAAAUUGGCCACAAUUCUUUCGUACAGAAUGGAAAAUUCGGGAUCAAAUUGAGUCCUGCUCUCAAUUUAAAGGCAACGAUAGAAUACAAUUACUUUAGAGAGCAGUCCAGCGGUUGUAUAUUGAUCAAGAAUCCUCUCUAUGAAGAAUUUAAUAUCCUGCCAGCGGACAUCGUUGUCAGACACAACGAAUUUUAUAAUAAUCGUGGUGCCUUUAUAGUCAGCAUUGGUCUUUCACCCUACAGCGAUGUACAAAGAUUAUUAUUUACGAGGAAUUUCUUACGCGAUAACCGUGUUCGAGAACUAUUUGAUAAUGGGAAUACCGUGAGAUCUAGAUUAAUCCCGCGUUCCAGAGUCGCGGCUGUGGUCGUUGUUUCAUCGAGCAACGUUGAAGUUUUUCGCAACAUUUUACAUAAUCCCGAAUCACGAUACGAAAUCGGUUCCCACUUGGAGGAUCAAAGCAAAAUUAUAAAUUGUACUUACAACUGGCUUGGAUUUGCUGAAGAGAAUAAGAUAUUUGAAAGAUUAUUUCAUAGAAAAGACAGAUACAAUCUGGCAAAGAUCGAAUAUUUGCCGUACUUGUUACACAGUAGCAAUCCAGGCGCCAAUACGAUCAUUUCAAACCCUACAUUCGUCCCACGGUUUGUUACACCUGGUACGAAUUUAGUUGGUGGCGAAGUCGACGGCCGUGAAUUUUUAAACUCUGGCGAAUACAUUGUCGAGAGGGAUAUUAACGUAAGACCAGGUGGAAAAUUGAUUCUCCACCCUGGGGUCACGUUACGUUUCCCACCAGCCGUAGGGAUGAUGGUCGCUGGAACGUUAGAUGCUCGUGGGAUAAGACCAAGCGAUAUUCUAUUUACUUUGAAAGAAGAACUUCUCAUGGAUUCAGAUAACGAGACUUUUAUGAACGAGGGAUUCAAAGAACUAAACGAAAUAGAAUCUGUACCUGUAAGGCUUCUUGGAGGAAAGACGAAUCUUGAAGGAAGAUUACAGGUAAAAAUAGGCGAGAAAUGGGGGACAGUUUGCAACUAUGGCUGGACGAUUCGAGACGCUGCUUUGGUUUGUCACCAAUUAGGUCUCACUUUAGAUCCUGACAAUUGGCUCAUGGAACGUUCACAAAUUCCAAACGCCGGUAUCAACGAGGACAUCAUUCUAAGUAACGUCAGGUGUACCGAGGAUGAUAAUGAUAUAUCGAAGUGCAAAGCGGAAACAGAGCAGAAUUUCGAGAAUUCUUGCACUCACGAGAACGACGUGGGCGUCAGAUGCUCGGAAGCUGCGUGGGCAGGCCUUCGAUUGGGACCAUUAGCCCUGAGAAGUGACCUCCAAUUCGUAACGAUAGAAAAAGCAGGCUUGCUUGAUUAUACAACAAAUUCUUUCAAGCCAGCUCUUCAAAUUGAUUUUGCAAGACACUCGUUGGAUAGCGUUAGAAUAAUCGACAAUUUGCAAGAUGGUUUGGGAAUUUUGUAUUCGGACAUAUACUCAGUGGAUGCUGUAAAUACCGUGAAAAAUAGCGACUUCUCGCAGAAUGGAGGCAGCGGAAUUAGUUUCAAGCAACUGGGAAUGGAAAUCAUCAACUCUCGAAUUGAAAACAAUAAAAUCGCAGGAAUAAGGCACAAUCCUGCUCUUUCUGCAGUUCAGCAAAGAGAAUUCGCAGGAUGGUUCUUACGCCUGCCAGAUUUAAUCGAUUCGUCGUAUAAUCCAAUAGUCAUACCGUAUAAUGCGAGAGACAUUGAACUGUCCAAUGAAGAAACUAAGUAUAUGAUAACUGAGAAAGUUACCAGCGAUCCCAUUCGACAACGUAUUGCCAUUAAAUGUACACCGGGAUACGUUAUCGGUAUUCAACUUCUAAAUCCCAUUGAAAACCGCAGUACAGAACAGAUUAUCCUAUACGAUUCUCAGUAUAUCGAUCGUAAUUGCGAAAGUUGGAACUUGAAACGCGAUUUGGCAAUAUUUCCUGUAACAUCGAGUUCAUACGCUGUGAUUUUAGACUACGAUAGCGGCACAAAUGCACUUGGAGGGGCUGUGAUUGUUAUCACAGCUCUUCAAGCUCCGAUACAGAAUGUACAAAGCAAAAUUGUGAAAGGUCCCAUUCCAACGUUGCUAGUAACCAAGUCUAAAAUCAGAAACAAUAAGAAAGGUAUACUGGCAUCGUUUUACAAUCGGUACCUGGAUGAAGUUGGCGAUCAUUUCCUUCGAAAAGCAAACGAGACCAUACAAUUGAUUGCUUGUGAGAUCUCCCACAACCAGGAGGAAGCUAUUUACGUACAUUCACCCUAUUGGAACAUUUACCAGACAAAUAUGUCUGAGAUAGCGAUUCACAUUAACGAUAGCUUGAUCACAGACAACGGCAAAGGAAUAUAUCAAUUCAGUCGCGAUGCGAGACACUCGAAUAAUCUUUUCCAUUGGAUAAUGCAAGACAGUACGGUCGAGAGAAACAGAAGAGGUGGCUUCGAAGUGCUUUUGCCGGACGUGUGGCAGUAUAACGAGAACUUUACCCACACGUUAUAUUUUGGUAACAACACGUGGAGAAACAACGAGCAGUUUGGCUUUGUUGUCGAUGGACACUACGCUACUUUGAAUAUCUCCCAUAAUAGAUUUGAAGGAAAUCAAUGUAAAAUUGGCUUGAUCUCCAUUCAAGGAAUGGAGAAAAAAAUGCGGAUUAAUAGCAACCAUAUCGAGAGCAAUACCGGCGUGUAUAUGGUAGAAUUCAAGGCAGAUAGCCAGUCAGAAAUUUUGGGCAACGUCGACGCACGGUUUUACAAUAACGAGGUCAAACGUAAUAACUACGAUCUAGCUGGUAUGGGACCACGUCGUACAGACGAUAGCCCUAGUUACGUUGUUGGUUUUCAUGGUAUACAGAAAGUGCAGAUUAAUAGAAAUUUAUUCGGUGAUAAUUCUCUCGAUUACGAACUACUGGCUGGAAUCAGAACAGCUAAAAUUAACAACGAAGUUGACGUUACGGAGAAUUGGUGGGGAACUGCUAAUGAUACUAAAAUCAGACAAAGUAUUUUUGAUUUUGAUGACUGGAACGAUCACGCAGUUGCCAAUUACCGACCUUUCUUAAUCAGCGAUACUUUUGAUUCUUCGGUAUCUGCAUCCUGGCAAAUCGGGCAAGAAUUAGACUUAGAUAAUUUAGGAGGACGUAUCAUAGAGAAUCUAUCUAUCCACGCUAGAGACAAGCCUUAUGUUAUAAAGUCGGAUAUUACGAUUAUGCCAGAGGCCACAUUGCACAUCUAUCCAGAUGUUGUUAUGGAAUUCGCACCCAACGUUGGGAUUCUUGUUCUUGGUACGUUGAAAGCUGUAGGUACACCUGGUCACGAGAUCAUAAUGAAACCGAUGGAACGUGAGGAUGUUAAUGACUCUGCGAAUCCAAAAUUAAGAAGAAGCGGAAAUAUAAUUUCCGUGUCAGAUGAAACUAUUCGUCUCUGUAAAGAUGGACGAUGUUCGUCCUUGUACAAUGAAGGAUUCUUGGAAUUCUUCAAUAAAACCACCCUACAGUGGAUACCUUUGUGCGACACCAGAUUUACCGAAAGAAAUGCACAAGUAGUCUGUCGACAAUUGGGCUACGACUCUCUUAAUGUCUAUGUAUCCUAUGAUCGUAGAUACGAGCUUCAUCCCGGUUCUUUAAUACGCGUUUGGUCUUGGCCCGAACCGUUGCAGUGUACUGGAAAAGAGGAGAAACUGGAAGACUGUCAAAUCAGACUAAACGGGCAAUUAUACGGACAUCGGCACGAAUGCUCGUGGGACAAUGAGUUCGUUUUCAUAAAUUGUGGGAAACGUAAUCUGAUGGACUCGUACGACUAUUGGGGUGGAAUACGAAUCGCCAAUAGCGAAUUUGAGCAUCAUUUGUACGAGCAUCGUAUUCACGACGUCGUGACUCACGAAACAGUAAGACGUGUCGAGUCGAUGUUAAAAUACAUCAAAAUCAUUGGUGCUGGUAUUUUGCACUUUGAGAAAUCAGCUGCACUGCAAACAAUUAUGAAAUCUCCGACAAUAACGCACGUGAACAUAACUCGCAGCGCUUAUCACGGUAUCAAUGUAAUAUCACCGACUCACACGGUCGAAUUAUUAUUCAACAUUAUCGAUAACGUGCUUGGAAAUGGUGUAAACGUACUCUCGAUAACAGGAGAAGGUCGUGAAGCGGAUGAAAGUUCGUUUACUCCAAUAAAAGACCUUAAUAUUCCUUAUCACCUAUUCAGUAUGAUCGAUAUUUGCGAUACCACUAAAGAGAUUACACUGGAGGAACGAGUUAUAGUUUAUUACAAAUACGAUAAUCAUCCUGUGAAUUGUGUCAAGAUCUUCCGUAGUGCUUAUAGAGCAAAACCCUUUGGAUUUAGACUCUUGCAAUUUAAUCUGUUCAACAAUACUGGAAAACCUGGUCGAACUGAUAGCAUCACUUUAUACGACGGAGACAUUUACAAUAUCACUGCCAAAAGCAUAGGCCAUUUGGAAGCUAAUAGUGUCGACGAGAAGAAAUUGUUCAGAACUCAGGGACCGAGUCUUAGUGUAAGAUUAUUUGCUAAUGGUGCAAGCAAUGUACAUGGAUUUAUUGCAGAAGUAGUUACUUUACCAAUCUCUGCUAUCGGAUUCAAUCGCGAUGUGCAACAUAAUAUUUCCUAUUCUGUGAUAACUAACUGCCGCGAAGGAGCAAUUAAAUACGCUAGUGCUGGCGAAGUGAAUGCCAUAAUGACUCUUGAACGCAAUCAAUUCACGGAUAAUUGCGAGAAACUGUACGGUAAUUUUUCAACUUGCAAGUCCGCUGUAUGGUUGGAUGUUCAAAAUACUCAAACCUUAUAUUUCAGGAAUAACGCUGUUCGACGAAACCAAGGUGGUCUUUCCAUUCGAGCUGAUUCUAGAGGCUCAGCGACCUCUUUGGAAGGAUGGAUUCACAAUAAUCUUUUCGCAGAAAAUUUCAAUAAACCUGCUCUAUAUGUGGAAGGUCGACAAAGCAGUCCAUAUCAAGAAGUUAAUAUAUUCAGAAACUAUUUUACGAAGAACAACGCUCCUUACGAUAAUAACAUUGUACUGAAACAAGUAGUUAGCAAUAUGACUCUGAAUUAUUUACAUGCUAAUCUUGGUGCACAUCUCUUGGAAGUCUCUGGAUUCGAAGGAGUUCGUUUACCUAUCUAUCAAAGCACAUCUCACAAUGGUUUCUACAAAAAUUAUGCGGUAGACCGCGAUGGCCGCAGCACAGUAGUUGCUGGUACUCCUGGUCAACAAUAUGUGGAUAACGUUUUCUUCAAUCCAGAUAAUGAUUAUGAAAUGCUUACAACGAAUAGAUCACAACAAUUAGAAAUGUGGAGAUCCCAUGUAGAUGCACGACACAAUUGGUGGGGAUACAACGAGACGCUAGCUGUUGCUGGCCGAAUUAGAGACAGAGGAGAUUCUCCAGAAUUGUUACAAGUGGACUAUCAACCUUUCUACAUGAGCAACAAAUCAGUCUUAAACGAUAAAUGUCCACCAGCUUGGGAUUUGGUGGGCGAUACAUGCUAUAUAUACAUUGGUGCUCCCAUGGAUUUCUUUAGCGCUAGAGAUUUCUGUAGAUCUGUAAACGCGUCCAUGCCAUUCAUUAUGGGCAAUUACCUAGAGCUUUGGCAUUUUCUGCGAAAGCAACAGGUUCGAUACGACUAUUCCGAUCGUGCCUGGGUGCAACAAUUAGAUCAUGUGGAUCAGUGCACAACUUUCACGUAUCAGACUAUUGAAAUUGACUACUGUGCUCAACCAAGUCCUUUCAUUUGUGAAAUUGAUCCUAAAGUAAAUAUCGAUCCACUAUCAUGGAGAAAAGACAUAGUCGCAGUGGCUGUGCUAGGAGCAGCAGGCGUAGCUCUAGCAUUAUUAACAGCUGCUAUUGCACUCUGGGUAUCUAAAUCAAAAAGAAGAAACAUUGAAAGACUGGAAAGACGAAAUUCAAUAAGACAAUCCUUGCAUUCCUUGCGAUCAGUUGGCUCUACCUCUGGUUUCGCUGAACUCUCAUACAGACGCAAACCCAUUGCGACGAAACAAUCUACAGACACUUUGAAUUCAAAGUCGCUGGACUACAGGAGAAUGUUAAACGGUGGUAGUAUAGAUUCAAUGGACAAGUCCCAAUUGAACUCGUCCAUGGAAGACAAUCAAAGCUACGACGUAUACGAAGCGCACAAUCCAAGAUAUUCUCCAAGCACCAGCGAUUUCAAAGGCGCCGUUCAAAAAUACGGCACCUCGCAGAGUGGAGACAAUCCGGUAUUUGAUUUAACAUACCGCAACGAAGGUUUCAGAAAUCAUUCCACAUUUACUUCAAGAACCACCAACGACUGGCCCAUAGAAUCUGCUACAGAAACCACCACCGAUGAAACUCCAGUUAUCGAUGGCUCUACUCACGACAGUUCUUACCUUCACAAUACUUCUACACUUCCAUUAAACUCCAGUCUUGCCUUAACCGAUUCUAUCAGCGAGUUGAAACGCGAUAUUGAAGCGUCAGCGUCUUACAGCACGAUGGAUUACGAUUCGAAACGCAGUUACGAUAAUACAACGUUCACACCGAGUCAGAUAUCAGAGCCAGUGCCGGAAUAUGCUCCAAACUUCAAUCCUCCAAUACCACCUCAUCCUUAUCAUUAUCACGAGGACAGACCCAGAAGUGACGCGUUGUUAGAAACCAAUUUGGACACGGGAGAAGAGAAGCCUCUACGUUCGAAGAGCGAAACCUUGCUAGAGACUAACUUGGACGUGUUUUUGGCGAACGAGCCAACAGAAUUGACGCAACUCUCGGCUGAAGCGCGAAGCAAAAGUCAGCCUUUAGAAACGGCAAUGUAAACCGUUGAUGAAGAGUGAAACUACUUUUGUACAACAAGUAUUGUAAAUGUAAAAAGAAGAUACUGCCAGAAGUGUGUCCACUGGUAAACUAUAAUAAUUUUUGCUACGUGGAUAUGAUGAAAAAGAAGGACUUCUAGGUGAAAAUAGUAUGAAAUUGAUUAAUAUUGUUGUUCAGCCCACCGAAUUUAAUACUUAAGCAACUCAAGAAGAAAUACGCGAAACGUUUGUAACGUUUUUGAGAAGAGAAAUGUUUUACAUCUACUAUUCUUCUUGUAACCGAGAUCUCAGUAUUCGGUUGGCUCUUAAUUUAAUAGAUGUUAACAGAAAGCGAAAAAGAACUCGUCGUACGUUUUAUUAUAUAUAAGAUGCACUUGCAUACAAUUCUAAAUUGUACCUAAUCGUGUAGUAUAUCCAUUAAUAUAUCGAGUAAAACAAAACUUUUUAUAAUACAUCGUGUACAGAGAAUGUAUGAUAUAACGAUAUGAACGAAUAAUUUGUAAUUAGAAUAAUUUUGAAGAAUCAUUUACACAUCUGUGAAACGCACAUCUAGAAUAGAAUAAUUUCCAUCAUAAUUCUGUCUGAAGAUUGUAAUGAACUGAGUAAUCAAGUAAGAAAGAUCUAAAUUGGAAAAACAUAAUAUAAGAAUGACAGAUAAACAUGUCACAAAUGUAAUGGUAUUACACUGCCAAACAUGUUAAAAAAAGUAUACUUUAUAUAAUAUUAGCACGAUGAGAAAAACUCACGUGUCGACAUUGUGAUAGAUAACUCAUGUGGGUGUAAAUUAUGUUUUUAGUCUCGUCAAGCGUACUGAUGGUUCUCAUCACUUAAGUGAAUUAUUCAUUAAGGAAUACUACAUCUAUAUAUAUAUAUAUAUAUAUAUAUAUAUACACAUACAUUUUUUAUCAGCAUGAAUAGAUAUAGUUUUCCUUAUAGAGUAGGUGAUCUCACCAGGCCUUUAUAAGAAUUUUAUUAAUCAUAUUACCGCAACAGAUUAUCCGUCCAUCCGCGUAAGAUUAUUAUAGUGACAGUGCCUUAUUAUUUGGCAUGCAAUGUAAUGUGUCAAGGCAUCAAAGGAUGUCUUUCAAUGAAUCGACUUAAGAUAUUUCGUUAUUCGUAUUUUUUUAUAUUGUUAAUUAUAAGAAAAUCGUAGAAAUUUUACGUAUAAGAUACGUAUCAGCGAAUAAUAGCUCAAGGUGUACUAUAUAAAAACGUAUUCUUCCAAAGAAGAAAGAUCGAGAAAUAUUUGAAAAAACAAAGAAAAAGCGUCGAUCGUAUAAAAUAUUUUUGACGCAACUUUUCAGGGCCUAAUUAUAUAUUCGUUUAAAUUCGGAGAUUUAUGUGUAACUUAAUGUACAUUGAAAAUUGGUCCCGAUGAAACAAAUAAAACAAAAAAUAUACAUUCAA